GCGUGCAUGUUGCGUGUGUGACCGAUCUGCCUCGCGCUGUGUCGGUGAGGAAACGUAAAGCAGCGCGUGAAGCUUGACAAGUUUCUUUAGUGCAGGACAGUGUUUUGUUGUUGUUAUUGUUUUCCCUCCGUAACAAGAGGUCUGACACCGGGACAUGUCUGGUCUGGAGAGAUGGACACCAGACCUCCGGUUUUAUUAACUUGAGAUCCAAAGGACUCAACAGGACAUGUGGAUCAGGAAGGUACGAGUGUAGAACCUUCACACACCUUGAAAUCGGAUCUGUGUGAGAGAUGAGCUCCAGUCUGACGUGUGUAGGCUUCGUGUGGGCUCUGAUCUCGCUGCUGAGUGCCGCCAUCUCCUGUGUGGGAUUCUUCAUGCCCUACUGGCUCCUGGGCUCUCAGAUGGGGAAGCCGGUAUCGUUUGGGACGUUCCGGCGCUGCUCGUACCCGGUGCGAGACGAGGUCCACGGCAGCACGGUGAUGGUGGAGCGUUGUGGACGCUAUGCCUCGUUCCUGAGCAUCCCCAGUCUGGAGUGGAGGAUCUCUACGGUGGUGACAGGAAGUGGGUGUGGCCUGCUGCUGCUCGUGGCCCUCACGGCACUCAUGGCAUGUUGCAUGUCAGACGUCAUUUCACGCACCGUCGGGCGAGCGGCCGGAGGGAUCCAGUUUGUUGGAGGUUUACUGAUCAGCUCCGGUUGUGCUCUUUAUCCUCUCGGGUGGAACAGUGAUGAGGUGAAGCAGACCUGCGGUAACGCCUCAGACCAGUUUAACCUCGGUUCGUGUGAACUCGGCUGGGCUUUUUACUGCACGUGUGUCGGAGCUGCUGUUACCGUACUGUUGUGUACAUGGAUGUCCUGCUUCGCCGGGAAAAAAAAGAAAUACUAUCCAUACUGAGCACACACACACACACACACACACACACACACACACACACACACACACACACACACA